CACCCCAGCUCCUGAUCCUGAUCCUUCAAUUGGAAUGGUAGCCCAUUCUACCAACAAGCCAUUCGAUUAGAUCUCUGAUCGUCCCUUGAUUUUUGCAGAGGGUUGAUCAUUCUUUUGUUUCUGAUCGAAUCAAAAUCCGAAUUCCGAAGAAUGCCGCCUCCCAAUUGUCUCCUCCAUGUCGAGGACACCUUUGGACCCAUCGUCAAGGAAUGCGGGUCUAAUUUCGACUUCACUUUGUUGUUUGAAGAGACGAUUCUUUGUAUUAUUCCUCUUUGUGUUGCUAUUUGUAUUUCUGUCUUUCGAAUUACGCGACUUUGGAGAAAGCCGGUGAUAUUCAAGGGUUGUUUCAUAUUGCCGUUGAAGUUGAUCGCAUGGACAUUAGUACUUGGAUCGCAAACGAGUCUCGUCGCCCUUCUCUCGAUCCGAGAUGAAACCCGAACCAGAGCCAGUAUUGCCGCGGGAAGUAUUGGCAUACUCGGCUCCGCGAUACUAGCAUGUCUAUCCUUUCUGGAGCACCAGCGCGCGGUACGCACCUCAUCCAUCUUGGUACUAUAUCUCUUAUCGACUAUUCCCAUGGACGCCGCUCGAGCCCGAACCCUUUGGCGCAUGUUGGAUGGAAGAGACCCUGCCAUUGCUGUCAUGGUGCUAGCAAGCACCAAGGUUUGCGCCCUGGUGACGGAGGUUUUAUGGAAAUGCUCUUUGGCAAACAGACAUGAGCUAUGCGACGCACCUGAAGAAAGCAACGGUAUCGUUGAACGAGCGCUUAUGCUACGAAUGAUGCCGAUUUUCUGGGCUGGAUACCGCACACCAUUGCAAACUGAGCAUCUCUCCAAGCUUGACACCAAAUUGCAAAAUGCCGAGUUGAGGCCGACCGAAAAAGGACCGAAGACAAAGCAGGCACCGAUCAAACUUGCGAAAGAGAUCUUCUACUCUCACAUCACCGAGUUUCUGGCCCCCAUAUUCCCCCGCUUAUGUUACCUCGCCUUGACCUUUGCCCAACCAUUCCUUGUCCGUCGAGCGAUUGACUACAUCUCGAAACCAAAGACCGACAGCUCAAAGGAGAGAGGCGAUGGACUCAUUGCGGCAUAUGCUAUUGUCUACUAUGGUAUUGCAUUCGUUUCUUCGCUGUACGAGCAAAGUGCUGUUCGAGCUACCACUGUCGUCCGUGCCGAUCUAUCUAUGCGGAUCUACCAACAGUCACUGCUUCUAGAUCGAGUCGUGGACACAGGAGACUCGAGUACAACAAUGAUGACUGCCGAUGUCGAGCGGGUACAGCUCGGGGUUCGAAAGAUACACGAUGCUUGGGCGAGCUUUGUAUCUGUUGCGAUUGGACUCUGGUUGAUCGAAGCACAGCUGGGCCUUGCAGCUUUGGUCACUUUGGGUCUCAUCGGAGGGUCCUUGCUGCUUGGCGGGUAUUGGUCUGGACGCGCCAGUAGAUUCCAGAAGAACUGGAUGCAAGCUAUCGAAAAGCGACUUCACAAGACAGUACAGGUCUUGAAGGGUAUUAAGAGCAUCAAGCAGAUGGGCGCCUCGCCAGCGAUAAAGACCAUGCUUGAAGGCGAAAGACAAUCGGAGAUCAGGCUGUCAAAGAGAUUCCGACUUCAGCUCAUUGCACUGGUGACCUUGUCUUUCACCUCUCUUACCAUGCUUCCUGCGCUAGGUCUCAGUGUGCACAACGCCGUGUCGGACAAGUCAUCAGGUCAGAUCCUCAGCGCACAAACAGCCUUCCAAGUCAUGACACUCUUCAACAUCGUCAGCUCAAGUAUCCAAGACUGCACUUCCCAUGUUAUGGCUAUCAUGGUAGGCCUCGGUUCACUCCAACGUAUUGAGAGUUUUCUCAACCAGCAUACUUGGACAGACCCUCGGAAAUCCAUCAGAGAUGCUAGCAUCAGUACAGACGAGAGCUCUGUUCGUAGUACGAGCGAGAAGAAGGUCCUCACCGACGUGGCUGUCAAGUUACAAAAUGUUAGCGCAAAGUGGACCGAAGACGGUGAAGCAGUUAUCAAGGAUGCCACGUUUGAUGUACCAGCUCAUGGAUUGACUGUUAUCGCUGGACCUACAGGUAGUGGAAAGUCAACACUGCUGCGUGUCGUGCUGGGUGACCUUGCACCAUCUUCUGGAACCGUGUCUGUCGACGACUCACAAGUUGCCUUUUGUGAUCAGACACCCUGGAUCGCCAAUAUCAGCAUCAAGGAGAACAUCGUCGGUGCUCUGCCUUUCUAUGAAGAGCGUUAUCGCAUGGCGCUUCAUGCGUGUGCUCUAGAUCAGGACAUUGAGGAUUUGACAGAUGGGGACAAACAUUUGUGUGGUUUGAAUGGACAGUCUGUUAGUGGAGGACAGAAAGUUCGAAUUGCGCUGGCUCGUGCCAUUUACUCCAAGGCUACUCUUGUUCUUCUUGACGAUUGUCUUGUAGGCCUCGACACCAACACCGAGCGUCAUAUCCUUGGUGAGAUAUUCGCACCCCGAGGUCUUCUCAGCAGCGCUCCCACCACGACUAUCCUUGCCACAAGCUCACCAAGAUACCUUCCCUUCGCUAGUUACAUCAUCCUCAUUGAUGCCGACGGCCGUGUUGUUCGACAAGGAACAUAUGCUGAAAUUGCGCCGCACAUUGAACAACUUGAGCAUGAUGUAUUGCAAGUAUCAGAUCGCGCUUCCACGGCACGAGAACCUAGAGCUCAAGAUUCCGACGAACUGCCCAAUACCGCAAUCACCAACGACGUCGCCUUCAAGAAAGGUGCCAACGGCGAUUGGGCUGUGUAUAAGUGGUAUUUUGGAGUCAUUGGCUGGAUGGACUUUGCCGUCUUUCUAUUCCUCUGCAUGCUAUUCGUGAUAGGUGUCACAUUUCCACAAAUCUGGCUCGGACUCUGGACAGAGAAGAGUCUUCAGGAUCAAAUCGAUACACUUCCCUCAUUCUACGGUGUCUUCUUCGGAGUUGGUUCGAUGGCCUGGGUGGCUCUCGCUUCAGCAUGUGUCUGGCUCUUUCUACGCAUUGCAGUUCGGACUGCAGCCUUAUUUCACAAUCUUAUUCUCUCGACCACACUAAAUGCCAGAAUGGAUUUCUUCUCCCAGACAGACAGUGGAGUCACGCUGAACAGGUUCAGCCAGGACCUGCAGAUCACAGAUAUGGAGCUACCACUAGCUUUUGUUGGUGCCACGAUGAACUUGUUGAUGCUUAUCGCGCAGUGCAUUGUUGUCACGAUCCAGUCCCAUUACGCUGGCUUUGCAAUUCUGGCUAUCGCCAUUGUCAUUGGAUUCUUUCAUGAGUUUUAUCUUCGUACAUCUCGAAGACUUCGUGUCAUGGAUAUUGAGGCAAGGUCACCCGUCUUAUCCCUUCUUCUUGAAUCUCUUGAUGGGCUCGCUACUGUUCGUGCAUAUGGCUGGGCAUCAUGGUACUUGCGAAGAGGCAUUGAGGUCCUCGAACGAUCGCAAGUGCCAUUCCACUUCUUACAGUCUGCGCAGGUUACGCUCAACCUUUCAGUAGACUUGUUUGUGGCGACUCUGGCGCUGGUCGUUAUCUGCAUCGCUGUUGUCCUCAGGAACACCAGUGGCGGCAGUCUUGGUCUUGCGCUGUUUAGCAUCGUAGGACUUGGACAAUCAGUCAAGGGUGUUGUAUUCUUCUGGACUUCACUAGAGAUUACCCUAGGUGCAGUUGCUCGUAUCAGGGAUUUCACGCAAGAUACACAGUCGGAACAUGAUUCUGAUACGAAGCCAGCGGCAGAGUGGCCAUCAAGGGGCGAGAUUCGCUUCAACCAAGUCACACUGACUCACUCGACCUCGUUACCUCCGACUAUUUCGAAUCUCACGCUGGACAUCAAGCCAGGUUCGAAAAUGGCCAUUUGCGGCCGCACAGGAAGCGGUAAAAGCACUCUGGUCAACUCACUACUGGGCCUUGUACAGGUCACUUCAGGUCUCAUAUCGGUUGACGACGUUGACAUAUCAGCCCUAGCCAAGGAUGAAGUGCGGUCCCGCUUCGUUGUUCUUCCGCAAGAGUCUCUCAUUCUCUCAGUGAGUGUUCGAGAGUAUGCAAAGCUCUUCAGCAUUUCAGACGAGCAAGAGAUUAUCCAAGGCUUGAAGAAGACUGGCCUCUGGCAGACCAUCGAGCAAGGAGGCGGUCUAGAUAUGAUUGUAUCAAGCGACACUUUCUCCCAUGGAGAACGCCAGCUGUUCGCCAUGACAUUAGCGUGCCUCAAGAAAGGAAAGAUUGUCUUGAUGGAUGAGCCUACAAGCCACGUCGAUAAUGACAUCCAAACACAACUGCGCCAGACGGUAUUUGACACGUUCCCUGAUAGUACUGUCCUUUGUGUCACGCAUCAGGUCGCAACAAUCGUUGAGUUUGAUAUAGUUCUUGUAUUGGAUGAUGGCAAGGUUGUUGAGCAAGGUGAUCCCAAAGAAUUACUACGUCAGCCAGACUCGCGCUUUGCACAGCUGUACUCAGCUGGCGAGCUUUGACCUCGAGGGUAAGAUUAUGCAACGCUGCAGGCGCCUUUGUCAUCAUGAUGCCUGACCUUGGGAGCGUAGAGUAGUCAG